UCCAUCUAAGCUUCUUCUUUCCCCUCUUCCUGUCUGUCAUUCCCAAAUCUCUUCUUCUUCUUCUUCUUCCUCUUCUUCUGUUGCAUCUAUACAUAAACCCUAACCUUGUUUCACAGAUAGGUUUUCCCAGGUGCCCAAGAUGGAGAGGUGAGUAAGAAUUUGAAGCUUUUUUCUUGAAUCUUCUUCAUCUGAUAUUCUGCAAAAUAUAAUGGUGGCUACUGUAAGUGAUCCAAAAACAUGGGUGCCAUACAUGAACAGCAGGGAUUGUUCUCAAGGAUUCUGCAGCUUAUACUGUCCCCAAUGGUGCUACAUCAUCUUCCCCCCUCCACCUCCAUUUGACUUCCCAGAAGAUAACACCUCCUCAGCCCCCAGUUUUUCCCCUCUUGUGAUUGCCAUUAUUGGGAUCUUAGCCAGUGCUUUUCUUCUGGUGAGUUACUAUGCUAUAAUGUCAAAGUACUGUGGAAACAGAAGAAGAAGGAGGGGUGAUGAUCAUCAGGGAGAGUCUGAUAAUGAUUCUGAGGAGAAUAAUAAUCACCAGGACCCUUCAAUCCAUGGGCAGCAGCCAUGGAAUGCUGCAAAUACAGGCUUGGAUGAGGCUUUGAUCAAAUCAAUUACUGUUUUCAAGUACAAGAAAGGUGAUGGGGUGGUGAUUGAUGGCUCAGAUUGCCCAGUUUGUCUCAGUGAGUUUCAAGAAGAUGAGAAUCUCAGGCUUCUCCCAAAAUGCAGCCAUUCAUUCCAUGUUAGUUGCAUAGAUACCUGGCUUAAAUCCCACUCCAAUUGCCCUCUCUGCAGAUCAAACAUUGUGUUCUUGAACCCUUCUCUCCCUCCCCCAAUCUUGGAACCCCCUCCAAGAACCCCAGAACCCCAGAAUCAAGAACAACCUUCAUCAUCAUCAUCAGAAACAGAAGAAAGUGCAGAAACCCCCAAGAGCCCUGCAAGAGAUCACCAUACAAUCACAAUCAGAGAAGACAAUAAUAAUAAUGGCACCCAAGCAGAAAUCCUCAGAAGAAGAUCUAUGUCCAUGGAUUCUUAUUCUUCCUGCCAAGCCAGGCUAUCCAUAGCAGACAUUCUUCGAAUCGAUCACGACGAAGAAUGCAGCUUCCAUGAUUCCCAGAAUCCUCAGGAGAUUAUUGGAUCAUCCAAAGUAGAAGAAAUAAGCAACCAUAGACACAAUGUUCUGGGCUGUGUUAUUAGCCCUGCAGUGAUGCAUAGAUCAUUCUCCAGUGGCAGAUUCUUCUUCCCUAAACUCAAUAGACCACCAAACACAUCUAUACUUCCUUCUUGAAAACAUUUUCCUUCAUUUCUAGGAUUAAUCUUUGUUAAGAUUAAGGUUGCAGAAACAUAAACAAAGAGUUUGAGUUUAUUUUCCCUUUUUUGUUCAUGGUUUUUUGAUGAUGAUUGAUAAUUUUGUAUGACUUCACUGUUCUAUAAACAGCAUUGGAGAAAGUUUAUGAUCCAGCAGAAUUUAAUUUAGACAUUAUGGUUGUUGGCUUUACAAUGAUAUAUGUUUGUCUUUCAGCAUUUAAUAUGAGAAGUGAAACAUUUAUGGCUA